UUACUGAAAAAGAAAAAGAAAAGAUACUCCACAACAGCACGCAACACAACACCUGCCUGCCGUCACUGCCCUGCGCUUCAUCGGCGCCGUGCGCUUCUUCCGUCACUGCCCGCCAGGAUCCGCCUUUGGGGCAUGGAACCCUCCGCGGAGGUGCUGCUGAAGAAGAUCCAUGAGCUGGAGGCCGACCACGCCCGGCUGAAGCAGGAUGUGUCCAGGUUGAUGCCCGCGGAUGGCGGCGCGCGCCGAGCGGACUGCGGGUCCCACUCGGUCUCGCCGCGGAGGACGAAUAGCGGAGGAGGCGUCGAGGGUUCCGCGGCGGCCUGGGCGAGGGGAUCCAGCUCCUCGAGGCUGCAGCGUGAGAGUCGGGGGCCGACCGAUUCCCCCGGUGGCAGUCCCGCUGGGAUCCGGCUGUCGGAGGGGCAGUGCCUAAACAUUUUGCAGUCACUGGCUCAGUCUGUCCAUAUUUUUGAUCUCGAGGGCCGGAUAAUCUAUUGGAACCGAUCGGCAGAGGAACUUUAUGGCUAUACUGCAUCAGAAGCACUUAGUCAGAAUGCUAUUGAGCUACUAGUUGAUGCCUGUGAUUUCAACAUUGCUAGGAGCAUAGUUAAGCAUGUAAACAUGGGGGAGAACUGGAAAGGGAAGUUUCCUGUGAAGAACAAACUAGGAGAACAUUUUCUAGUUAUUGCCACGUACAACCCUGUUUAUGAUGAUGAUGGUAGCCUGGUUGGCAUUAUUUGUGUUUCAAGUGAUUCUCAAUCAUUUCAGGAUUCAACAUACGCUUCAACCUUUAGCAAUUUGGAAGCUAGUGACACUGCUAGAAAAAGUGUCACAAAUAAUGGUAGUUUGGAUCCUCAGCAACCCCUCCAAAUUACUAUUGCAUCUAAAAUUACUAAUCUAGCUACUAAAGUUACAAAUAAAGUUCGCUCUCAAAUGAAGCAAGGCGAAAAUAAUAUGGAAUGGGAAAUGGCAACCGAAGGUAGCCAGUGUUCUGAUCGUGACAGAAUUUCAACAGACCACAAGGAGGAUGGUAUCUGUAGUGAUGCUAGCACACUGAGAGGAGAGGUACUACCAUGUGACUUUGGGGAGCCUUCUUCUGUCAUAGAGUUCAAGUCUCCUGGCAAAGCAGCCAAAGUAAAUAAUGAUGAAGAUGAAGGAAAGGCUGGCAUCUACAAGAUCAUAAGCAAGACGGAGGGGCUAUUUGCCAAUAAGGGUAUAGUAUGGCCAUGGAAAGGAAAUGAGCAGGAUGCUACCAAUUCAAAGACUCGCUUUGUUUGGCCAUGGUUGCAUAGCAAUCCAGAAAAUGCAUACAAUCAUUCUAAAGCAUCUGAGUCUUGUAUGAAGUCAGAAAGUCAAAUGAGUGAAAACUAUCGGGCAGGAAACAAUGAAGCCUCAGGAUCUUGGUCUUCUCUUAAUGUCAAUAGCACAAGUAGCAUUAGCAGUUGUGGGAGCACCAGCAGCAGUGCGCUUCACAAAGUGGAUACAGACUGUUUAGAUUAUGAGAUCUUAUGGGAAGAUCUUACAAUUGGUGAACAAAUAGGUCAAGGUUCUUGUGGAACUGUAUAUCAUGCUUUAUGGUAUGGCUCGGAUGUGGCAGCAAAAGUAUUUUCAAAACAGGAAUAUUCAGAUGAUGUGAUACUUUCCUUUAGGCAAGAGGUGUCACUGAUGAAGAGACUGCGGCAUCCGAAUAUGCUACUUUUCAUGGGUGCAGUUACCUCUCCUCAACGUCUUUGCAUUGUGACAGAAUUUCUUCCUCGUGGGAGCUUAUUUCGUCUGCUGCAAAGAAACAACAUGAGGCUGCACUGGAGACGACGCAUUAACAUGGCCCUAGACAUUGCAAGGGGGAUGAAUUAUCUUCACCAUCACAACCCUCCUAUCAUCCAUAGUGAUUUGAAGUCAUCAAACCUGUUGGUGGACAAGAAUUGGACUGUGAAGGUUUGUGAUUUUGGCCUUUCACGUUUGAAACAUGAAACUUAUUUGACAACGAAAUCUGGGAAAGGAACGCCACAAUGGAUGGCUCCGGAAGUUCUUCGAAAUGAGCAUUCGGAUGAAAAGUCAGAUGUUUAUAGCUAUGGGGUAAUACUAUGGGAACUUGCCACCAAAAAGAUCCCUUGGGAGAAUCUCAAUUCAGUGAAGAUUAUUGCGACGGUAGGAUUUAUGAAUCAGAGGUUGGAUUUGCCAGGAGAUUUGGAUCCUCAAUGGGUAUCCAUCAUAGAGAGCUGUUGGCAUAGUGAACCAAAAUCGCGACCAACCUUCCAAGAACUUGUAGAAAGGUUGAAAGAGAUGCAAAAACAACAUACGGUGCAGUCUCACAUGCAACGUGCUGCAGCUGGUGAAAACUUUGCAAGAGUAGGAUCUCAUGAGAGAAACAAGCCCGACUGAUCCGCAACCGUCAAAACUCUCUGUCCAACCUCAUUCCAGGAACCAAGUAGUCUCGCGAGGAGCACAGUUUGUUCAUUCCUGCACCAUCAAAGAAUGUAGCUAGCUGCAAAUUGCUCUGAUCAAACCAUCAACAUGGCAGUUGCAUACAUGCUUCUGAGGUUCUGGCUAAUGAAAGAUCAGCAUCGAUGAGGACUGAGGCUGUAACAGAAUCAGAGAAACAAUUGUGCAGUCUUUGGGAAUGCGAUAUGAACUCCAUUGUGCCGUGCCAAAAAGGGUUCAAUGGUUUAUUGUACAAAAAAGAGAAUGCAUCUUUUGUCAGUAGUAAUCCUUCAUAUACUUCUGCUAGUUCCCGAGUUGGCGUCUGAGUUUUGUCACUAAAAUGAUUUUGUUUUUUUUAAUCCAUGUAUUCAAUUUCUUGAAUUGACUAAUUUUAAAGGUGGCUGAUACUAAUCUCAUGUAA